AUGAAAGCGUUCGUCAGCCGCCUGUUCUCUAGAUCGCAGUCCACGGACCUGCCGGAUAAAGCCGUGGAAGAGCCUGCGGGAGAUGACGUGGCGUUCGAGCAGGAGCCGCUGCUGGCCGGCGCGCCCAGCAGACAGCACACCGGGGACCUGCGUCAGCGCGUCGCCCCUGCUGAGGAGGACGCGCGUUACGACUACGUGCAACUGGACGAGUCGAGCAGCAGCAGCGACACCGACGAGGGCGUCGACACGAUGGAGGAGAUUUACAGCAUCGGCGUCACCGACCGCCAGGACAAGGCGGCGCUGUACGGGCGGAUGAUGCACUACUACGCUGAGAAGGCGGGCACCGUGCCGCCUAUGAGGAGCAAGUCCGUGCUCUGGUACAUGCUGGCGAUCCUGAUAUCAAAUCCGAUAAUCGGGCUGUACACGAUGGCGCACUUCAAGGACUGGGACAAGUGGGUCAGCAAGCGUGCCGCCUCCGGCGAGGUCCAAGUGGACCCGAUCCCCAGGGCGUACCCCACGGUUUCCCCGACGACGAGCAUGAACAUUUUCCGCGCAUCGCAGGAGCACACCGCCGGCCCGUCGCCUGGCGCCGGCGCCAUCAUGACGGAGGACGGCCUGGAGCGCCUCUCGCUGGUGGCGAAGCACCUGUCCGGCGAGAUCACGUGGUACGCGUGGUACGAGGUGUUCGGCGAGCUGCUGUUCGCGCUGUUCAGCCUGGCGCUGCUGUGCGCGAGCGGCAUCUGCUGCGCCAACGGCAGGCAGCGGGCGCAGUACAUGAUCCCGAUGAUCGGCCUGCUGUACACCGCCAUCUACAAGGUGCUGGCCAUGUACAUCCUGAUCAUCAGCUUCAAGAUCCUGCACUUCUACGUGGUCGCCGCGUUCCCCAGGUACGGCGAGGUAGCGCCGGUCGUGGUGCUGCGCAUGCUCGCCAUCCCCGGCACUGACCCUACCGACCCGAUGCAGCGCGAGGCCAUGUCGUACCUGCUCGCGCUGGACUCCUUCGCGCACAAGUGGGUGCUCGUCUACUGCCUCGAGAACGUGUACAUCACCAUCACCGACUCCGUGGAGACCAUCCAGGCGCUGGGCAGGAUCCUGAUGCGGUCCGCUCGGAAGGUGGUGCGCAGGCUGAAGAGGCAGCAGGACCUCGUGUACUUCACCAUGAACCCCGCCAUGGAUGCGCAGGCGAGCGUGUCGCGCGUGUCCAACAGCUCGUGCUCGUACCUGCUGCUGGACAGCCUGCUCAACAGGACCGCCGACCCGCAGGAGGCGUACAUCCACGACAUGUACAACAAGCCGGGCCCCGACGUGGGCACGUACCUGGACAACAUAAAGGUGGAGCAGUACCAGGACGGCAUCGCACGCAUCGGGCCCAAGCUGAUGAGCCAGCUCCGCCAGAGUGACAAACGCGUCAUGCAGGCGACAUCUUAA